AUAAUUUCUUAUCAAUUAGCAGUUCGCCAACAGUUUCAAAAGCGGUACCUGUAAUUAACCGAGUUUCGGUGCGUACUUGAAAUGUGUCUGAUAGUGCUCGCGUGUCAUUAUUAAGUUUGGACAAGACUCGUUUGACUGCCUUAUAAGCAAAAUGGAAGGGUCGCGGCUUGUUUUCUUCAUCGCUCUAACUUCCGGCAGCGCAUACGCGUAUUUGCUAAAUAAUGACGUCACAGUCGCCCCGCACGUGCCGAGACUUCCACAGUUUGAACAGUUUGGAAGGUCAAUGGUAUUGGUUGGCGGUGGUUUGUCGGACAACAACACAGAGGUGUAUGAAAAAAUAAUAGAAUUAGCGGGUGGAAAAAAUAAGGCAAAGAUAGGCAUUAUCACCGCUGCUAGCGCGGAUCCCCUCGACGCCUUUACGUUCUACCACGACCUUUUCUUGAAAUACGGCGCUCUAGAGGCGAACAGAAUCAUACUGGAUGUUAACCACACGGCAAAUCAGGGUGGCCAGGCGCUCAUCGAAAGCAUAUACGCGCAGUCGGGUUUCUUCUUCGGAGGGGGUGACCAAGCAAGAAUAAUAAAAGCGUUUAUGGGUCCGUACGGAGACUUUAGCCCGGCUCUUAUUGCCCUGCAUCAGAUGUACGACAGCGGAGCGGUGAUAGCGGGCACCAGCGCCGGAUGUUCGUGUCAGACUGCGAACUUCAUGAUAAUGGGAGGUUACAGUUACGACGCCCUACGAUAUGGUUCCUUUGCCGACGUGGACCCGGCUCUGCCCGGAAGAGCCGAACCCAACAUCUACCUCACUUUCGGUGGACUGGGCUUCCUUAAGGGUUACUUACUGGACAGUCAUUUUGCUCAAAGAGGCCGGGAGGGCCGGUUGAUCCGGUUUGUAGCGGACACCAGAAUGCUGGGAAAGGGGACCAACAGGGCCAUAGGAGUGGAUGAGAACACGGCUCUUGUUGUCACGCACGCUGACGACACUCGAAGCAGCGGCCAGGUUAUCGGGACAGCAGGUGUCACAAUAUUUGACCUCACGCACGCUCAAGUCCAUUCGUCCAAACAUUUCGACAUUUCCGACGUCUACGUCACGUAUCUUACACACGGUGACGUCAUACAGAUGACCGACCAAUCCGUGACGUUUUCUCCAUCAAAGUCACCAAUGAGAGGGCACGAGAACUACGAUGACGUAUUAACUACUAACGACGUGUUCUAUGGAACGUCCGACGGUUCAAGAAAACCGGAAUUUGUAAGAAUCGCGACAAGCGUUUUUGACGCCCGACGCGGACGGAUGACUCAUGGAUUCAGCAAAGAGUCUGGACCGAGGUUUCGCGUUGACAUGUCGGCUGUCGGAAAUGACGCUGUCGGAUAUGUGGAGCGAAAAAACUCCUUUCAUUCCGAUAUCACAUCGUACAAGAACCUCAAAGUUUCAAUUUAUGAAGGUUGAUGUAAGUCUUAAAUAAACUGUACAUACAUAAUCGCUCUAUGAAAGCUA